GGCUCAAAAUGGCUGUAGAGAAACAGUUAUGAGGAUCGACGGUUUCACCAGAUAUUUACGAAAAAUGAGCCUGUCGUAGCCCGAAGGCGCUUCCUCCACCUAACUGGGGAUCCAGGGGGAGUGUGGAGAGGGGGGGACAGGACCACGACCCGGGCACCACCCUGAAAGAGGAGGAGCAAGGGGAGCAGCUGAGGAGGACAGAUCAUUCAAUCGUUGGUAGCCAGUGAGUCCAGCCCUUUAGAUGAAGAGCCUUCAGUUCCGGAGCAUUGCCCCCAAGGCCCCGGCCGUGGUGCCCUCCCCCUCCCCUGCGGUCCUGUCCUGCCAGCCUCCCUCUGCCCUCCCUGAGGCCUCCACCGCCUCCAGCCCUAAGUCCAUCAUUGUGCCCACCCAAAACUAUGCACUGAUGCAAAUAGCAGGUCAGGAUGGCACCUUCUCUCUGGUUGCGCUGCCCCCUUCUGUCUCCUCCCAGACACCACAGCAACAACAGCAACAAACCCAAAAGAACCUCAAGUUGCCCAUUCCUAGAUACCAGCCGGUGAGGAGCAAAGGGACCGCAGAUAAGGUCAAGUCACCACCUCUAGCUGCUCGGGUGAAAACAGCCACCAAGGUUGCUGUGACAGCGCAGACGAAGACAGUGGUGAGUGGGGCAUCAACAGUGGUGAAGAUAAAACAGCAGGAGUCCAAGCACACAAAGGAAACGCCGGUGCCCAAAGAGGAGCGUUCAGAACAAGUAAUUCUGAUUGACCCAGCCUCCUCUGACAUCUCUGUCACUGCUCUGCUCCCAGACAAUGCUGUCCUGUACCCAGGUUCUCAGUUAGAGCGAGCGCCAGAUGGCUCUGAACGACCUGCUACAACUGGCCUUAUUCAGAACCUCCAGUACCCCCCUGCGGCUGUCAAAGGCUCCCCAGGCAAAUCCCCAGAGGAAAGUAAGACUACAGUGAGGCUGUGCCAGUCGAAGCCUGCUGCAGCCCAGCCACAGAGCAGUAUCACUGUCCUGUCCUCAGCCAUCUUCAGCAAAGCUGUCCAGAUUAUCCCGUCCCCACCUAAAGGUAAACUGCCCAUCCUGCCCUACUCUAAAAUGAAGAGCACCCUCAUCCCAGCUGCCAAGCUCAGCAAUUUGUCCCCAGAGAACAAGGGUUUCUCCAGCCAGACAGGCCUCACCAGCCCCUUAGAUCCUACAUCCAAGACACUUGAGACAGCUGAAGCCGGGGGUCACAACCAGGUGCCAAACUCCACUGUCCAGCCCCAGGCCAAGACCACACUCAUGCCUGUGUUGGGAGCCCUCCAAAAACCACCUGGCAAGAAGAGAGGGAGAAAGAGAAAGACAAUGGAGGACAUCUUGGCAUUUGAGGCCAGAAAGAAGAGGUCCUUGUCUUUCUUCCGUAGAAGGGUGCCAGAGAAACCACCAGCAGUCGCUCCAGGCUCCAAACAAAAGGAAGUUGACAUUUCAAAGAAGUACCGCAGCAUCCGGCCCAAGCCCAUGCUGGUUAUGGAGACAGUUCCCCAACUGGUUAGUUUGCCUGCCAUUACCCCAGACGGCCAAGAACAGGAGCUCGUACUUGGUCAUCAGCUCCCCAGCACUACCACAACCAAGACCCUGGACUGCCCUCCCCAGCCAGCUCCAGUAACCCUCCACCUGAGAGGUGCCUCCCAUCCCAGAGUGUUCAUAGGCAGCCGUCCGCUCCACCGCUGCCCCACAUGUAGCCGCUGUUUCCAGUUCAAGCAUCACCUCCAGAGCCACAUGAACAGUCACACCAACAGCCGACCCUACGUCUGCCCGGUGUGCCGCAAAGCAUACGCUCACUCCGGCAGCCUGAGCACCCACAUGAAGCUACACCACUCUGAGGUACGCCCACGACGGUCUCUGUGCUGCGAGUUCUGCGAGAAGGCCUUUGGAUAUGUGGGAGUUUACUUCAGUCAUCUGAGAGAGGUCCAUAAGGUGGUGCUGACCGUGGAGCCGUCCAUCAGCCAUCAUGAGGAUGACCUUUCUGUGGAGGGGGCCAACUCUCCAGAGCCAUCAGACGAGCAGGAUCGUGAAGACCCCGUGGAGCUGCAGAUUAAAUGUGGCCGCUGCCAGGCCAUCACUCCCACCUUUGCCGACAUGAAGAUGCACUUGCUGUAUGUGCACGGAGAGGAGAUCCAUGUUCCGCAUCACGAUGGCCAACCACUGCGGGGUGGCCGCGAGGCUGAGAACGAGUUGGUAAAGCACGCUGCGCAUUACUGGCGGCAGCUCAACGAGAAGCGCAACCUGGUCAAAUGUGGCAGCUGCGACGAGGAGUUCUUCUCCUUCUCCAAGCUUAAGAGGCACAUCAUGUCCCAGCACCGUGGAAAGGAGGGGGAGGACAGCGGGACUGUCUCAUCACCUGAUAGCAGCGGAAGCCUCGGGGUCCUUGCAGCAGGUGCGGCUUUUAACUGUGUGCUUUGCAGCGAGGUGUUGGACACUAAAGACGGGGUUAUGGAGCACUGGAGGAGUCGCCACCACUGUGAGCAGCCCGGCCUUCUAUGGGACGCACUGAGCUCGUACUCCGGCCACGAGGAGGGCGAGGCGGACGGAGAUCCGGACACUCCAGCUCCAAGCCCACACUAUCCAGCCUAGCCCAGGGAUGGGCGUGGAGCCCCUCACUGUGGCUGCUCCUCACACACACUCAGUCCAAACAAUCAGCAGCACAGGAAUGGAGAGUUUCUCUUAUGUCUUUUAUCACUAGCUUCAUCUUUCACCAGUUGACGCAAGAGAAAACAAUGAAAAAAAAAAUCAAACCAAUGGUGGAAAUUGAUCUUUGUGUUACAGUUCAUAAGGGGUGCUCUCUCUAGGUCAGAGAAUCCAAUUUUAUAAACGAUAUUAUUUUUCAUGUUUUGAUUGCACUGUUCUGUUUUUGACAUUUCUUUUGGAGGUAUGUAUUUAAUAUCCUGUUGGAUUAUUUUUUUCUACUGCUUAUUUAAAUCUUAUUGAAAGGGUAAUUUAUAACCUAGCUGACACAGUAAUACUGUUAAAGGGUCAUUUCACCCAAACGCUAGCCAUGUAGAUAAUUUGUGCACAGUUUUUUGAGAAAUCUGCUGAGAGCUCUGCCUCUACCCUGAUGGAAAAUGACAAUUUAAAAGUUUAACGACAACAUUUCGUUGCAGAAAUAGCACCCCUGUUACUCUGUGGAUUAUCCAGAGGAAACAUUUUUAGUAGAGUACUGUAAACCACACAAAUAAAAUCCCAUUCAUCUACAUUUCAUGGGGUCAGAGGCAGAAAACUCAAGAUAUCGUCAUCUUGACUCAAACUACCAAAUCUGCACGGCUGGUUUUAAUUUGGGUGGACUGACCCUUUUUGAAAUACUGAGAAAUGUUAAUCUCAAAACAAGGGCACACUGUCUACUGUCACACUGGCUGACAUUUUAUCUAUUGGCCUUGGAUUGUUACAGGUUAAGAUAAAUCCAUGUGUGUGUACACAGUCCUUUGAUGUAAUAUUGCUCCUGUAACGGAAAAUCAAUUUUUAAGUUAUGACUUGAACUUUUGCCGUCCGAUGACGGGCAGUAUUAGGGUCGCCUGUCAACCCGGACCCAUGAAGGAACACUUUUCUAACCAGCACCCAAGUGACAUCCUUGUGGCCUUCUGAGAAAAAAAAAAUAUAUAUAUAUAUAUAUGGGUGUUCAUGCGUAGUGUGGCUUACCGUCAGUAUGGUCCUCUGUAGACCAAGUUCUAUCUCCUUGACUUGUUGAUUAAUGCCUAUAUGUGUAUUCUGUGAUAUGCCAAGGGUCUAUUCACACUAGUGAUUGUAGAAGUGAGUUUUGCAUUUAAGCUUUUUAACCACUGACAGAAUACUUUCUGUUGACUUAGUAAAUACGCAAAGGAAACCAUCGAAUUGCCUACCUGUUGUUGCCAGCUCAUGUACGCACCUGUGGAAUUGUGUGCACCCAGACUCUAUUGUUAGAGUUAAUAUAAACUGUUGUCAAGUCCAGAUAAUAUGCUAUUUUAUACUCUAGAUUAAUACAGAGGUCUUUUAGUAUAUUUAUGCUUGUUGUUGGUCCUUAAAGAACCAGCACUGAGACAUUGUUAUGUUUGCUUCUUCUCAGUUGGGGGAUGCUUAAUGUCUUGUUUCUUGAUGGGAAGCCAUUACUACGUGGCGAGUAUCUCUGCUAACAUUUGUCUGUGUUUACCUUUCAUAUGAAGAAGAAAAAAAAGCAUCACAGGGUCAAGUGAAUGUACCUGAAUGUUUUCAAAACCCUACCAAAAGUAUAUAUAUAUAUAUAUAUAUAUAUAUAUGUAUGUAUGUAUGUAUGUAUGUAUGUAUAUAUGCUAUAUAGACUUAUUCCAUAGAUAGAAUAUAUAGAUAUAUUGAGAAAAAAAAUAUAUAUUUACAUAGAGUAACUAGUGAAUCAGCUGCUGUGUUCUGUCAUAGUGGAGGAGGGAAACAAGAGACAAAUAUAUCAUUGCCAAGACUGGUAACAAAAGCCAUGCAGAGCUGUCCUUAUGUGUCUGACACAAAACGUGGGACUGUGAAUGAAGGGCGGAGCACUGAUGUGCACAUGUCGCACUGAGUGGGGAUUCGACAGUAAUAGGGUACUACUGUUUAUUGAAUGCCAUGUUUGAGUGUUCAUCAGUGAGCUGUCCUUUGUUUUCAAGCCCUCAACACAAACCGCUGAUGGGAGAAGUUUGCCCUCAGGGCUUUGUGCCAGGAAGCCUCGUCUUGGUCAGGUUUGUAAAAAGACUGUGGUUUUGGUUACAAAAAAAGAUAUCUGGCAGAACGCCCUGAAGACUUAACUUCUCCCAUGUGCACACAAACCAGGAAGUGACAGAAUUAAGGGUCAGACUCUUCUUUCCUCAGUUCGAUGAGAAACGUACAUGACUGUCAGCACAAGUCGGAAAAUGAAAACUCCCACAUUAGGUGACGUGACGUGUUUGACUCACUUAAUAUGUUGACUGUGUCCAAAAAAAAGACUGAAAGUGUUUGUGCUCGUGACUGUUUGUGUACCUGAAGAACCCGAUGUUUAUGAGAAUAAAGAUAUGCUUUGUUGAGGA